UUCCAGGCAGAGAGAGAUUGGCUGAGCGACGAGGCCCAGCGAUGCGCAUGCGUCGACGUAAAGGGCCGCAAGAAGUGGUCCGUGGCGCGUCUCGUGGGUAGCGGACCAGGCGACAGUAAUGGAGGAGGAGGAGGAGGAGACUCUUUUCGCAGCGAGCGAGCAGGUUCCGCCGAUUGCCAGACCGGAUCGACAAGCCAGCACGGGCCGGGGGGAUUGAAUCUCGAAGAGCAGAGAGCGACGGAGGGGCCAGGGAGAUCUGGAUCUGGAGAGACCGCGCUGGGCAGGGCGGUUCACGGGAGCACUAUCAGCGACUGGGCACUAUUUGAGCUCCGGUUCCACGGAAUCGCGCUCGAUAGCGCGCAGAGGACGGACCGGAGUGGACAAUGGGCGGGCGUUUGA